AAGAUAUAUAAAAAGCUACCAAAGAGAAAGAAAAGACCAACCGAGAGAGAGAGAGACAGACAGACUGUAAAAUGGACGCAACAGCGGCGGAGACAAGCGCAGCUCCGGCAAGUGUGACGGUGGAUCAGCCACCGCACAUGGCAGCAGCAGCGGGGGAGACGAAGAGGAAGAUGAUAAUGGUUGCUAUGGACGAGAGCGAAGAGAGUUUCUAUGCUCUCAAGUGGGCAUUGGAUCACUUGCUCAACAAUUCUGAAGAAGAAACCACUAUUAUCACUUUGAUCAAUGUCCAACCUCCUUUUAGCCCCAUGGUUUAUCCUGCUGGACCAGUUGUCUUUGCAGCACCUACUAUGGUAGAAGCCGUGAAAAAAGCACAACAAGAGAAUGCAACUACAAUACUGUCUCGGGCAUUCCGUAUGUGCACACAAAAGAGGGUGAAGGCGGAGACUCUGAUCCUUGAAGGGGACCCAAAAGAUAAGAUAUGUCAAGCCGCUGAUGAGUUGCACGUUGACCUUCUAGUGAUGGGUAGCCGAGGGCUUGGCAAAAUCAAAAGGGCUUUUCUAGGAAGUGUUAGUGACUAUUGCGCUCAUCAUGUGCAUUGCCCCAUUCUCAUUGUGAAGCCACCCAAGGCACCGCACAAGUAGCUAAGGAUAUAUGAUUGUAUAUAAUGCAUCAAGUCUUUUAUUAGUUGAGAAUUGUAAGACGUAUGUAAUGGAUAUAAAAAAGCUUUAUUACUCAAUAAAGGGGGACCUGGCAGUAUUUCCUUAUUUUUU